AUGAAAAUUUGUCGUUUUGCCUCGAGACGGAGUUGUGGUCUUCUGGAAGAAAUUAAUAUUGAGUAUUUUGGCACAGAUGAUCUCCUCCUCUACAUCGCGAAUAAUAGAAUUUCAGAUAGGGGAUUGUGUGAAGCUGUGAAGAAGUUCCCACUGUUAGAGGAGCUUGACAUUUCAUUAAGCUACGAAAAAAUUACUAAGGCUUCUCUGGAAGCUAUUGGCCGAUGUUGUCCACUUCUGAAAGUACUAAAAUUCAACAAGAAUUACGGUGCAGGUGCCAAGGAUGAUGAUGAGGCAUUUACUAUAGCAAAAACUAUGUCUCAACUAUACCAUCUAGAGAUUAUUGGAAACUCUCUCAGUAAUGAUGGUUUGCUUGCCAUUCUCAAUGGUUGCCCUCUCCUUGAGGUUCUUGAUCUUCGGCUUUGUUCUAAUGUUAAGAUGAGUUGGGGUUUGUGGAAAAAGUAUUGUCAGCAAAUAAAAAAUUUAAGGGAGCCACAUGAUGAUUUCCCUUGCCUUGUGAUUAUACUUUAG